AUGAAGUCUGCUCUUCUCGCCGUGGCUGCCACGGCCCUGCUCGGCAACGCUGCUGCCAAUGGUGUCCACGACCGCCACCAGGCCUUCCACAACCGCCGCAACGCCCUCGAGCUCCGCAACGAUGAUGGCGAGAUCUGCGGCUGCACCACCUACGUGACCACCAUCACCGGCCCGGCCACCAUCCAGCCCACUCCCGAGACCUCCAUCCCCGUGGCUUCUCCCUCGAGCCCGGCUGGUGUUCCCUCGGCCCCUGCUGGCUCUCCUUCGAGCCCGGCUGGCACCCCCUCGGCUCCCGCUGGCUCCCCCUCCAGCUCCCACGUCGAUGGUGUUCCCGGCAGCACUCCCGCCGCCAGCCCCAGCAAGCCUGCUACGCCUGAGGUUCCGGCUCCCACGCCUGUCGUGACCACGUACGCCACCCCUGGCACGUACACCAUCCCGGCUACCACCAUCACCGUCCACGACACCACCACUGUCUGCGGUGCUACCACCACCAGCCUGACCCCUGGUGUCAACACCUACGGUGGUGUGAUCACUUCGGUCGUCACCGCGACCACCAUCACCUGCCCGUACGCCACCGUCGAGACGGCCGAGUCCACGACCACCAGCGUCAUCAGGACCACCACCUACACUUGCCCGGCCGGCGGCGAGUACACCAUCGUUCCUCCCUACACCACCAGCGUUCCCGAGGGCACCGUGACUCACUUCCCCACCCCCGCCACCUACACGCCUGGCACCUACACGGCUCCUGAGCAGACCGUCACCAUCACCAAGACCAACGAUGUCUACGUCUGCCCCGCUGCCACUCCUCUCGGCGGUGCUCCCAGCGGCAGCUCCCCUGCCACUGCUACCCCCACCAGCGUCGUUGAUGGCGUUGUUGGCAACCCCUCCAGCACCCCGGCCCCGGCCUCCAGCACUCCCGCUGGCGCUGUUGGCACCCCUUCGGCUUCCACCCCGGCUGCUUCCUCCACCCCGGCCUCUUCCACCCCGGUCAAGGGCGCUGGCGGCUUCACUCACAACGGCAACCAGUGGGCCAUGACCUACACCCCCUACAGCUCCGACGGCAGCUGCCGCGACGCGUCCGGCGUGCUUUCGGACCUGAAGGACAUCAAGAGCAAGGGUUUCACCACCAUCCGUCUCUACGCCACCGACUGCGACGGCCUCAAGACCGUUGGUGAUGCUUGCGAGGAGGUUGGUCUGCGCAUGAUCAUUGGUAUCUUCGUCAAGGAGACUGGCCUCAGCGGCUCCGACGUCUCUGAGCAGGUCACCGACAUCAUCGAGUGGGGUACUUCCGGCAAGUGGAGCCUUGUUGACCUCGUUGUCGUUGGUAACGAGGCUGUCUUCAACGGCUACUGCACUGCCUCCGAGCUCGCCAGCUUCAUCAGCAGCUUCAAGUCCAAGAUCACCAGCGCCGGCCUGUCCCUCACCAAGAUCACCACCACUGAGACCCUCAACAUCCUCCAGGGCUCUGACUUCUCUGCUCUGUGCGAUGUCAUUGAUGUCAUUGGUGUCAACGUCCAGCCCUACUUCAACUCCGAGUGCACUGCCGACAAGGCCGGUGACUUCGUCGUCUCCCAGAUGGAGCUCGCCAAGAAGGCUUGCCCCAACAUUCCUGACGUCCUGAACCUCGAGUCCGGCUGGCCCCACCAGGGUAGCGCCAACGGUGCCGCUUCCGCCUCCGGCGACGAGCAGGCCACCGCCAUCAAGUCCAUCAUCGAGAAGGCCGGUACCAACUCCGUCAUCUUCUCGUACGGUGACGACGGCUGGAAGAGCGCCGGCCAGUUCGGCGUCGAGCAGUACUUCGGCUGCGCCAGCCAGUUCGAGCUCAUUUCCGGCACCCUCACGAUCGGCGGUCUGUCCCUGUCCGUCGACAUCGGCUCGGACGGCAUUGACGUCGACCUUGACCUCAACCUCUAA